AUGAAUCGAUCAUUUAUUCGUCUUGUCUAUCAAUUUUAUACGGUUGUUGGUAAUGCACUUGAAUAUACAGGUAUUGAUGAAAUAACAAAACCAGAUGCAAAUGCAAUUCAGCAACAAAAUGAUUUAAUGAAUAAUCAUUUACGAACAAAUUCAACAGUUGACUACCCCGAUAGUGGUAUUCAAAAUCUUGUUAUCAAAAAUCUGGAACCAAUGGUUCGUCCUAUUGAUUCGCAUCAUGACGAUGAAGAUUUAAAUAAUCCUGAACGACAAUUACCUGCAGCUAAACAAGUGCAACCACCACUAUCAAGAAAACAACAACGAAGUGGUUCACAGCCGCCCAAUGAUAAUUUACCACAGCAAGAUACAAACACAUCCUUUAAACAUAUACAAAAUCAAACUCGUAAUAUAAGAACAAGUAUACCAAGUGAAACACUUCUACCUUCAUCAUUUGGUUGGUUAAUUAUUGAUGAAAUAUAUUAUGCAGCUUCAUUAAGUGGUUUAAAAGUUGAUGGUCGCAUGGGAAAUUUUCAAGGAAGUAUUAGUUUAUCUCAACGACUUCGAGCUUUACCAUCCACAAAACGUCCUCACAAUACGAAAAAAUACGAUGGUUCAUUAAUUGUUAAAAUCGGUUCAACAUCACUUUCAUUAAAAGAAACUCUAUCGACUUUUACUGAUAAUGUUCCCACGAUAAAUCCAAUUAGUAUAAAUCCAACAACAUCUAAAUCUGAUUCACAAGAUCAUGCACUUCUUGUGGUCGUAAUGGUGCAUCCAUUGCAAUCAGAUGUUAAUGCUCGUGAUUUACCAACGAUAAUAUCAAGAACAGAUAUUUGUCGAGUUGUUGUUGAUGAUGUUGCAUUAGAUUUCGAUGCAUUAAAUGUUCGAUUGUUCGCCGAAAAAAUUCCUUAA